AUGAAGCGCCGAGUUAUGCUCGUUGUGGGAAGCACAAAUCGGAGAUGUGCAAUGACUAACAUAUCAGCGAAACGUAGUCUUCCUUCGCUUCUGAUCUGCGCCAGACGCCUCCAUCCAGCAUGUGGGCGAGGGAUCAAAUGGCUCUCAAGAGCCCAGCUGAAAUAUGACUAUGGUGAAAGAGUUUGUGAUGAAGUGGUAAGAGCAAAAGAGGAGAUAGAGGAUCACAAUGCAAGUGGUAGCUAUGUGAUUGUGGAGCUUUGGAACUAUGAGGAAAACCGGAAGGCCACAUUGGAGGAAGCAACAAAUGUGAUGUUGAAGGUGUGGUCGGAUCUUGGGGAUAAGAAGAACAAAAGACAAAGGCUUUGA